UUAUACACUGGUGCUGAAUCUCAUCUCACGACGAAACCCAGAUCCCUGAUUCCCAAAUAUAGCUGCAGCUCUACUGACGCGCAUUGACGGAACUGGAGAUCUUGUUGAGCGUCUGAACAUCUGCCUCCGGAUUUUGCUGUCGUCGCAAGCUAAGACAUAUGACAAGGAAACAGCUAUUAUACACCCAUCCAAACGAACGACUUCUCUACACCUACAUAGUAUGACCUGUCGCAUCAUUUGUCAUUUACCCGAUCCAGAAAGUCUCAAGAAAAAUGAAUCCUCGGAUUUGGAACCCGCCCCUUGCUUCAUCCAUGAUCUGUCUGCACGACACGCCCAAGCCCCCUGCACGUCAGUCCCGCACAGACGAAUGACAAGUAUCCGCCGCCCUCCUCCACACCCCAUCUCAAACAACACGCCUGGACGGCUCUCAUCUCCAGCUCCCACAUCAGCCCUCAUCAGCAAACGCCAUGUCAAUGCGGAUAAACAGUUCGUUCAAGCGGAAUCAUGGCGUGGCGGCCUCCACAGCAUCGGACGUCGCGUAGUGAGACUGACUUCAGAAACCUUGGCUCUCCGUACCGCAACACCAGCCGCCCCGUACGUUCGCCGUCUAGCACUGGGUGACGAUGUGUACCAGUACCUUUCUUCCAGCCCUUGCACCACCGUCAGCAUUACCCUGGUCAAGGCGAGCCAUCUCGACUACGUACCUGUAGUAAUUCGGAGUGUUUCAGGUGUCGAAGGUAGCCCUUUCGUCUUCGCCGCGGCGCUUGUGUGUUGUACAGAGAGUUACACCUGCGCUAUGCAUGCGGCGCUGGAUAUCAUGGUGUAUGGAUGGUCCCGGUCGAGUAUGCAGCUGGCUAGAGGCGCGGACCUGGCAAAGUUUGAUUUAUCUAGCAGAACGACAUCCCUUGUGUUCUGCGCGUGAGGUCGUGUUGUUCUUGUUUCUUGUCGCGGGUUUGAUAGUUUUCUACUUCUUCUUCUCCUCCACGUUCUCUCCACCUUCGCCAUUCUCCUCUAUAUAUUCAUCUUCCUCUUAAUGCACGAAGGCGUUAUUCGCACACACGGUCCCUAAACCACCUUCUCAGGCCUCCCGCCAUCCUCUCCUUAACCUCCCAAUCAUCUCUUUCACGUCUGCACCAUGUCUCCAUUCUUCAACAUCCUACUCCCCCUCUUCCUCUCCACCCUCGCAACAGCCGCUUCAGCAGCCUCAGAUCGAAAGUGCUACUCCCUCAACGGCACCGAGCUCGACUCCACCUUCCGC